AUGUUGUGGUGGCUACUUAUCCUGACGGGGCAGGCCGAGGGGGCCUUGCUGCCCUUGGAACCCUACCGGACUGCUCCUCUGGCGCACGCCGCUCUGGCCAUCCUCAAGGAGCAGGUGAGCCCCUCGCAGAGCACCUUGUCGGUUAUGGAGCUGAAGCGGCAGGACGAGCUCAGGUACUCGAAGGAGGGGGAUAUGAUGACUUCGGUGCUGAACGGCUUGGGAGACUCCUUGGCUUUCAGGAUCUACCAGAAACUCCCAGACGAGAUACCGUCCAGCCAUGUUCUGUUCCUGGUCCAUUGUGUAGAGUCCUUUGGCUCUCUGAGCUUCAACUUCACGGGACAUCAAAGCACGCGUGAGUACAACUUCCUGAUCCUGCUCACUGCUCACAUGUCCUCGCGACGCAGCCGCCUCCAGGCCUUGCGGACUAUAUCCAGGGCGUGUGUGCGUUUCCACACCCUGAACGUCAUCCUGCUGUCCCAGAAGGCCAGUGGCGUGGUCCUCACGUACGGCUUCAGGAUCUACAACGAGAACUGCGACCUCAAUCUGAACCUGGAGCUGCUGGAUCGCUACGAGAGCGGGACCUUCCGGAAGGGCCUCAAGGAGAGGACCUUCGAUCGGAUCCUGCGGAACCUGUCGGGCUGCCCCUUGAAGGUCAGUUGGUAUCCCCUAGAGCCAUUCGUCUCCUUCCGGGGAAACCCCAGUGAUCCGGAGGAGCGGGCCCAGAUCUGGCGACUGACCGGCAUCGACGGAGAGCUCAUCAAGCUGCUGGCGCAGAUCUUCAACUUCAGAAUCCAGCUGGAGGAGCCGUGCGACAAGUGCCUGUCGCCGGACAUCAAGGACGGCUGCAGUGGUUGCUUCGACCAGAUGAUAAAUCAGACGUCCUCGAUCCUGAUCGGCGCCAUGAGCGGCUCCCACCAGCACCGGGAGAACUUCUCGCCCACCACCUCCUAUUACCAGAGCUCCUUGGUGUUCGUCCUCCACAUGGAGCCCCAGUGGGGGGCGGUGGCUCAGCUGGCGGCGCCCUUCUGCCUCUCCGUCUGGGCCGCCCUGGUCGUGAGCUGCGUCCUGGUUGUCCUGCUGCUCUGCGCCACCUGGAGGAUCAGGGAGCAGGGGCCGGCAGACGUCUCCUCCCACUUCCUGCAAGUGCUGACCACCCUGAUAGGUAAUCCCCUGGUGUCCUGGCAGCUGCCGCGCAGAUGGAAGACGAAAGUGCUGUACGCCACCUGGCUGCUGCUGGCGUUGGUCCUUCGAGUCAUCUACCAGGGCAAGCUGUUCGACUCGUUCCGCCAGCCGUUCAGCAAGCCCCUUCCGGGGGACAUCUCCCAGCUGAUCGAGCGCAACUACACGCUGCUAGGCCAGGAGUACCUGGACUUCUAUCCCCGCAACCUGACCGUCCUGACGCGCAACGGCUCCAAGGACCGCUUCGAUCACAUCCAGGCCGUGGGAGAGCGCGAGCGCAUGACCACCACGACCCUCAUCUCCAGCAUGUCCUUCUACAACCGGGCCAACUGGAACACCAGCCGGCUGGUCCACAUCAAGGAGCACAUCCUGCUCUACCAGCUGGUCAUCUACCUGCGCCGCCACUCGAUCCUGAAGUUCGCCUUCGACCGGAAGAUAAAGCAGCUGCAGUCCGCCGGAAUCGUGGGCUACUACGUCCGCGAGUUCGACAAGAGCCAGUACGGGGUGUCCGCGGUGCAGUACCACGAAGUGUCUCCCCUGCGCCUUGAGAUCUUCUGUGGCCUGUACUACGUAUCCGGGAUCUGGCUGGCCGCAGCAGUCCUGGCCUUCAUCCUGGAGCUGCUCAGCCUGAGGAUCCGCUGGCUGAGGCGGUACUUUGAAUAA